AUGUCGGACUUCCAGGAUCCCACCGACAAUCGCGUCAAACGCGAGCCAAGCGACGAACCACAGGGACGCGUCGACAGCUACCCACAGACUUACCACGGUUAUGAUAGCUAUCAUAGUAGACGUGAGCCCAGCCGUGAGCAGCAGGAACGUCCUCGCAACCGCUGGGGCGACGACAUCAAACGCGAACCAAGCCGGGAGCGAGACAACCGUCCAAGCAACCGCUGGGGAGAUGAACGCAGACGCGAGCUUAGUCGUGACCGACAUGAUCAAUCACGCGACCGCCGGGUCGAUGAUCGCAGGCGCGAGCGCAGCCGUGAUCGCGAAGACCGUUCACGUAACCGUCUGGAUGGCCAAGAUAGACGCGAUUCGAGGCGCGCAUUCGAUGAUCGACAACGCGAUCGCUCAAGAGACGGCUUCAAACGUGAACCCAGCUAUGAGUAUGAGCGUCGUCCACGCAGUCCUUGGGGUGACCGGGAUGAGGGACCGAUAACUCGCGAUGACAGCAAAGACCGUGAAUGCAGCCCUUUGACUGAUGACGACGAGCAUGCCGACCGAGAAGACAGCGCGAGGAGCAUCAGACGCGACUUGACCAAGAACUACACCAAAGAGAACGACCCGUACUGGUACCCGGGCAAGGGAAAAUACUCGCACCCCACCAAGAUGCCCUCGCAGAACCCGCACGACCCCAAACCACGAAACCCGAAGCGCACCCAGAGCUGUCGCACGGAAUCGUCCGGACACCGUCACCAACGUUUCGAGCGGAAGCAUGAGCGUCGAGAGGACGAGAAGGAGCGUCUGCUUAGAGGAGACCUUGGAACACCGCCUCCCGACGCCGGUCCCAACUGGGCAAAGAACCGUAUUGCGACUUUGGAGAAGUAUGCGAAGAGGACAAAGAAGAGGCACAAGAAGCAUGAGAAGCGUAUGCGCAAGGCGGCAGAGCAGGGUUAG